CACUUCACGUGUUCGUCGACUUCCGUACGCAUCUCCCGCGAGUCCUCCGUACUGUGUUUGCGUUAUCUACGUGAUUUUCUCUCUAUUUUGUGCAUUAUUCUUCAUAAUAGUGAUGAGUCCUAAGAAGGUGAGUGGUAAGAAUGGUAGUAAGAAGAAGAAACGCAUGAUGACUAUGGAAAUAAAGCAUGAAAUUGUGGAUAAAUAUGAGCGUGGUGCCCGCGUGAGUGAUCUAGCACGCGUGUAUGAUCGCCCUACAUCCACCAUAUGUACCAUCCUAAAGCAGAAGGAUGUUAUCAAGAACCUAAAUCCUUCUAAGGGCGUGACGAUUAUAUCGAAGUUACGUUCGAAUAUAAAUGAUGAGAUGGAGAAGCUUCUGUUGUCGUGGAUAAAGGAGAAGCAGAUGUCAGGAGAUACCAUCACCGAGACGGUCAUCUGUGAGAAGGCCAGUUUAAUCUACGGUGAUCUGAAACAAAAGGAAGCAGCUGAGGAGGAGGAGACAUCAACUCCAGGGAAGCCAUUCAAAGCAAGUCGAGGAUGGUUUGAUAACUUUAAGAAGCGCACUGGUGUCCACUCGGUGGUGAGCAGGCGCUCACACGUGAAAGCUGCACAGGAGCACGUUGUUGCCUCUGAAGGUUUCGUCCCAAAAGAAGUCUUCAAAAAAAAGCCUCGGAGGACAUUCAUCACGGCUGAGGAGAAACAGGAAGAAACCACGGCUGAAACGCGCCUGUGUCCCUUGUGUCAAAGACGUCAAAAGGACAGCGAGGCUCUUUCUUUCCACUUGACGAAAAGACACAGUGUGCAUCCAGCAUGUCUCAAUAACCUACUUAUUACUGCACCAUAUGUGAACCGUUCCAGUGAAGCCCAAGACUCCAGUAUACAAAACAUCAACGACACAUCACAGAAAAAGUCCUCAGAAAGCACCGAAUCCAGUUUAAUGCCAGUUCAACAAGAUGGUUCUUCUCAGGACAAUGACACACAUGAUGAAUCAGGAGAAGGUAUCAGAGGAAGCAUCUAUGGUGACUCGGAGGAUUCAGUCAAAGAAGAAAAAUACAAUGCUAAAAACAAUGCUAACCAACUUUUCAAGUGUCAUGCAUGUCUGGAAUUCUUUACUCAUAAAUCAGCAUUGAGUGUACAUUAUAAUUCAGCCACACAUAUCCAGAAGAUAAGAACGGGAGCAGGGAAUGACCGUGAUUCCUCAACUCCUCUUCUGGCUUACCCAUACACCUCGACCAAACCGUACCAGUGUGACGUGUGCCACGUCUCUUACUUUUAUGCCUUCGGCCUAGAGAGCCAUCUAAAGUCUGUACUGCACCAAAGUCGUACCAGGAAGGCUGGAAAUACUGCAGCUAAUUCCAAAACAAAUACAGAAACCGGAAUCAUGGUGGGAAACGUUGCAUGCACAACAGCGGCUAAUCCCAGACAGUUAGCUAGUGCGAAGACCUGUAAUUAUGUGACACAAGGACAGAAGGUUCAGCUUCAGCCUGCUUCCUCGUUGCUUCCUGCUCCAGUGGUGUCAGCUCAGGCAGUACCUACUGUUCUUCCUCUCUUAACAUUAGCUCCAAACUCUGUUCCACACAACAUUGUACCUUCUGUCUUUCCUCCACCAAGGACUUCAUCUACUCAGCUAAUACCCCAAACUCAAAUGCUAAUGCCAAUGAUUGUGAAUGGGCUCCAAGCCCAAAGUGCGACACGAGACAGCUCUCAACAUAUAGUGCAGCAAGCUGUGCCGGUCCUUGGUAUCUGUUCAGCACAGCAGGUUCAAGAACUCAGCACAAGUGAUUCCCAAAGUCAGUCGGCAGCUACUGGAGUUUCCAGUGCAUCUGGUAUACCUUUAGAAACGAAUAUGGGUGUUAAUGGGGAAGGAGUGACAGUAAAAUUUGAAAUCAAAGAAGAGCCUUGUGAUCAAGUGGUAUCACAGAUGACUCCUUGCACAGAACAUUCUAUCCGUCAGGUAGGUUUAAAAGAAGAGCAUAACAGCAUAUGGGAUCGAAUUGUGGAUAAUAUAGAGUGUGGUGACAACCAGCCAGGCAAAUCCAACUCCUCAAAUGCAAAUAUUGCUUCAAAGCCUUUAAGUACAAAGCCUUGUUCAAGCUCGGGCUUGGAAACUCCAGCGCUAACCGAGUUUCAGUCUCAGGUCCUGUGGGCUUUUUCUGAGUCACGAAAUGGGGCUGAUUUUCAAAUUCCACCAAGAGAAGACUGCGAUGCUCUCGGCAGGGAAGUAGGACUAACUGAGGACGAGGUACGAAAAUGGCUAACGGACAUGCAUCGCACCAAAGACGGACAUCGCGCAGAUGUACAGACUCACUAUGACAGACAGGGAAGCACUGAAGAUGACGAAGACGCUCUAACGAUUGAUGAAAGUGGGGGGACGGUUCUCCGAUCCAACACGGACUUCCUUUCGGAAAUAGAGGAUGCAGAUGAUGAACAGACCACAGCAGAUAAAAAGAGAAAGAGGGGCAUGGAUUAGUAGGAAUCAGAUGAGGAACCAGGUGGGGCAGUAUGUCAAAUUCUACCUUCUUUUUUUAAGUUGACUCUUAAGGUUAUUUCAGACAGGACCACUUUGUCAAUGAAGGUUUAUUGCGAGCAUACAGUUAGCAUACCUGUCCGUGCGCAUGCGUCAGCAGGGGGAGAGCGAAUAAGUGAAGAAUUCGAUCGGCGCUGGCGACGGGUUCUGGCCGGAGGAGUCGGGGACGGAGGAGGGUGUUGGAUCGCAGCAGCAGCGAUGAGUAGGAGCGCUCGAAGGAGAGGAUUUAAAGGAGGGGAAAUUAUAGAAGUCGUGCCAGAUUGGUGCGCCUCGUGGACAGCUGAUUAGCAGCUGCUGCAGCUUGCUAUGUGGCCUGCCUGAACUAACGCGAUGCUUGAUUCAAUCCCUCAUGGAUCCUUGGAGCAAAAUUGGUGGCCUUUAUAACUCCACCACUUACUUAACCUCAGGGUCUAAAGUAAUUUCCAAUGUAGUUCUAUAUAUUGAAGGUUUCUGUAGAUUCAUAUCAUUUGUUACUCAAUUGGUUCUGUUCUGUAUUGGGAGUUACUUGAAUGCACACUACAGUUGUUCACAUUUUAUUACUCAUUUUUGUUUCAUUAUGAUUAAUAUGUACAGUAUAUAUGUUAAACUUAAGAAUUGUUUAAUAUAAAAUGUUAAAAUAAUGAUUUAGACGUUGUAAAGAUUAAAUUUGUUUCGCUAUUUUGUACUACAUGUUUGUUCAUUCUCAAGUGGUUUUUAAUUGCAUUAUUGACUACAUGUAUGAGUAUAAACAAACCAUACAAGUUCAUCUGGUAUGCAGUUUUUGGAGUUGUUGUUUUUUUUUUAAACCCAUUCUGUUAUUUGCAUAUGUUCAUUUGCACCAUAUUGCACUAUAUACCAUAUGUGCAUCAAGAAAUAUAAACAAAAGGUUUCAACAUACUGAUGUUUUCACAAAGACACCAGUCCUGAAAUGAAAUUUCAUUAAAUAUUCAUAAAAAAUUAAA